AUGCCCCUUCGUGGGGCCUUUUCGGUGUCUGCCGCGGAAGCUGCUUACACAACAAAACCUUUGACUUCUUUCAUUUACCCCAUCAUCGUCGCUUGGACCUGGGGCGGCGGCUGGCUCGCCAGCAUCUUCGGUGUGGGAUACAUGGACUUCGCAGGAUCCGGCGUCGUUCACUUCACCGGAGGCGUCUGCGGCCUUGCUGGCACGACCAUCCUCGGCCCCCGAAAGGGACGCUUCGAGAAUCCCGAGGAGUUCGAGAUGCACAAUGUCCCACUGGUCGUGCUCGGAACCUUCGCGCUUUGGUUCGGCUGGUAUGGCUUCAACCCAGGCUCCACCCUCUCGAUGCAUGAUAAGGAGAUGGGUGCCCUCGCGGCGCAGGUCGCAAUGAACACCACUCUCUCUGCCGCCACCUGCGGCAUCACCGUGUUCUUGCUGAAGUUCGCGAUCGUGCGCAAGUACGAUGUCGGCGCGCUUUGUAACGGCAUCCUUUCCGGCUUGGUGUCCAUCACUGCGGGGUGCGGGAACAUGGAGUGCGGCAGCGCUGUGCUCACCGGCUUCAUUGGCGCUUUCUUCUACAUGGCAGCGUCCAUGCUCCUUGUGAGACUGAAGAUCGACGACCCCGUGGAUGCCAGCCCGGUGCACGGAGCCUGCGGCAUUUGGGGGCUUCUGGCAGCUGCGCUCUUCGAUUGGGGGAAGGGCUUCGACCACUAUCACGGCUGGAGCGGGUUCAGCUGCAUGGCCGGUGACGAUGGUGAGUGCAUGAGGCAUAUUGGCGGCACCGCCGUUGGAGCGCAGAUUGUGAUGAUUCUGGCCAUCAUCGCAUGGGCUGGGACACUGUCCACGCUUUCCUUCCUGGCCCUGAAGUUUUCGGGGCUUCUUCGCAUUGGCGAGCACAUUGAGAAGGUCGGCUACGACAUGCACAAGCACUCUCCUUCGAAGGCCUAUGCCUUCAAUGCCUAUGGCGGCUAUACCAAAGAAUCAUCGAGUGAGGCUUCGGGUUCAGAGGGUUCAGAGUGA